AUGAAGGCAUUCUUGGUGCUCUGUGGCUUUGCUCUGUCGCUUGUUCUCUCUGCCCCCAUCUUAGUCGUAGAUGGCAUCAGGGACAGCUCUCGACCAGCCAUCGGCUCGCAGCCUUGUAGUGCGAUCUUCGCCUUCGUCGCCGAUAGUAGGAUGCGCCAGCUGCUCAUAGAAUGCGACAAAAUGCUACUCGAGAAGUAUGCAUAUCUUGCUGACCGAUGGCUGUCUUUUUCUGCUUCCUCGCUAUCAACAACCGCAGAGCGUGUCAGCUUCAAGCCUCUAAUUUUACCCGACCGUUUGCCGACAUCCGCGCCUGGAAAGCAACUAGGCGCGCGUCCAGCAUCUACUUCUACAUCGACAACAUCACCAGCAUCGUCGAUGGUAAUAUCUGCAUAUGCGAAUAGGAUCCGCCUCGAAGACAUAGUCGCCAGCCGUGAUUUACCCGCUUUUCUCGACUGGCUUUCUGCGCGGCCUAUCAUGGCCUGGACACUCAUUGUCGCAGUGCUGAUUAUCGUCUUUUUUGUCUCAGCUGUCGUUGUUGAGAUAGCUGUUGCACUGUGGAAGGUCGUUGACUCAUCAAAUACCAAACGACGCUCCCGAUACGCGGACAGCGAGCUGUUUAGCUCGGGUGAAAUAUAUUUGCCUGGUACUGAGAAGAAGCUGCCAGCAGUCAUUUUGAUUGAUGAGCCAGAGGAGAACCUCCUUGUCCGUGGAGGAUGA